CUCUGAAUGAAAAAGAAGCGCUCAGCUGUAGUCCAGUCAGUAGGGAGGCGUGUGUCGGUUCGAAGCCCCUGCAGACUCGGCUGCACUGGCAUCAACCUCACCGUGGUCUUUCCUGACUUGCUGUGGCUGGGUAAUUUUUAUGUAUAGCUAUGGCGGACCAUCUAUUACAUUACAACGACUCGGCUGGCGUUGGGAAUAGAUUUGCCCGCAAAGGUGCUUUGCGGCAGAAGAAUGUGCACGAAGUGAAAAACCACAAAUUUACUGCGAGAUUUUUCAAGCAACCGACCUUCUGCAGCCACUGCACUGACUUCAUAUGGGGCUUUGGAAAACAAGGAUUUCAAUGCCAAGUGUGCUGUUUUGUGGUUCACAAAAGGUGCCAUGAGUUUGUCAGCUUCUCCUGUCCCGGCGCCGACAAGGGUCCUGAUACGGACGACCCUAGAAGCAAACACAAGUUCAAGAUUCACACAUAUGGCAGUCCCACCUUCUGUGAUCACUGCGGUUCGCUGCUCUACGGUCUCAUCCACCAGGGGAUGAAAUGUGACACAUGCGACAUGAACGUACACAAACAGUGUGUGGUCAACGUGCCGAGCUUGUGUGGAACGGACCAUACGGAGCGGCGAGGUCGCCUCUUCCUCAAGAUCGAGGUCAGCGGGGACAGGUUGCAUGUCACAGUGGGUGAAGCCCGGAACUUGAUUCCCAUGGAUCCAAACGGAUUGUCAGACCCGUACGUUAAACUCAAACUCAUCCCAGACCCUAAGAACGAGACCAAACAGAAGACCAGAACCAUCCGGUCGUCUCUAAAUCCUUGUUGGAACGAGUCAUUCACCUUUAAACUCAAAGUGUCAGACAAAGACCGUCGCCUCUCCAUCGAAGUGUGGGACUGGGACAGGACCACCAGAAAUGACUUCAUGGGCUCCAUGUCCUUCGGUGUGUCUGAGCUUAUUAAAGCUCCAACUUGUGGAUGGUACAAGUUGUUGAACCAGGAGGAGGGGGAGUAUUACAAUGUUCCAAUUCCGGAGGUGGACGACAUUGAUCUGGAGCUCCGACAGAAAUUUGAGGCCUGCCAGUUAAAUAUCCACUAUCUGAAGAAGGCCAAGCUCGGCCAUGGUAAGAAAGUCAUCACGCCGUCGGACCAUCGGCGCUUCAGCCUACCCUCCGGUAACGCCGACCGCAUCCGGCUCAGCGACUUCAACUUCCUGGCCCUGCUGGGUAAAGGCAGCUUCGGCAAAGUGAUGCUGGCUGAGAUGAAGUCGACCGAAGAGCUGUACGCCAUCAAGAUCCUGAAGAAAGACGUGGUGAUCCAGGACGACGACGUGGAAUGUACGAUGGUAGAGAAGCGAGUGCUGGCGCAGAGAGACAAGCCGCCCUUCCUCACUCAGCUUCACUCCUGCUUCCAGACUGUGGACCGACUCUACUUUGUGAUGGAGUACAUCAACGGAGGAGACCUGAUGUACCAUAUCCAGCGAAUGGGCAAGUUCAAGGAGCCGCAGGCUGUGUUUUAUGCUGCUGAGAUCGCAGUGGGACUGUUUUUCCUGCACCGAAAAGGCAUCAUUUAUCGGGAUCUGAAGCUGGACAACGUGAUGCUGGACUCUGAAGGCCACAUCAAGAUCGCCGACUUCGGCAUGUGCAAGGAGAACAUGUAUGAGGGGAUGACCACACGCACCUUCUGCGGCACGCCCGACUACAUCGCUCCAGAGAUCAUAGCAUACCAGCCGUAUGGGAAGUCAGUGGACUGGUGGGCUUAUGGAGUCCUGCUGUACGAGAUGCUGGCGGGACAGCCGCCGUUCGAUGGCGAGGACGAGGACGAGCUGUUCCAGUCCAUCAUGGAGCACAACGUGUCCUACCCCAAGUCCAUGUCCAAAGAAGCCGUGUCCAUCUGUAAAGGGCUGAUGACCAAACACCCGUCCAAGCGUCUGGGCUGCGGUCCAGAAGGCGAGCGGGACAUCAGGGAGCAGGCCUUCUUCAGACGCAUCGACUGGGAUCGACUGACCAACAGAGAGAUCCAACCUCCAUUCAAGCCCAAAGUGUGCGGCAAAGGAGCCGAGAACUUCGACAAGUUUUUCACGCGUACGCAGCCAGUGCUGACCCCGCCGGACCAGCUGGUGAUUGCCAACAUCGACCAGAGCGAGUUCGCCGGCUUCUCCUUCAUCAACCCUCAGUUCCUCCACCCGUCGCUGCACAGCGUCGUAUGAGCGGAAGCACAACCGGACGACGGAACCCAAGGCCCCUCUUGCUGUCUACAGACUCUUGUUAACCUCCGCAGUGUUUCGUCGAUAUCUGUGUCCAAACGUGACCGCGGCGGAACCACAGGUUUGGAAGCACACAGCAACUUUAGCAUUCCUGAAAGCUCUAUUUAUUUAGUCCAUCUCCCCAACUUUUUUUUCUAUUUAGAUCUUUUCCUUCUUGUUUUGGCCACUUCUCAGCAAGCACACGAGAACCUGAACAUGUAACCAAGCGCACUCAACCGAAAUAUGAAUUAUUCCCUUCAAUCUUCAUCAAAGAAGCUGCACCAAGCCCAACACUCUUCAUUAAAACUUCAUUAAAACAUAUGUUUUCUGAAGAGCUCUGACUGUUGCAGUGCAUUAUGGGCCUUCAAUGAGAGGUGUUCUGCCCCUUCGUACUCUUCUUCCCCAGUCUGUUCUGGCAGACAGUUGUUAAACAAGUCAAUGAAAUUAGAAUAUUCAUUGCUCAUACCGUGACCUGUCACAAGGGGGCGCUGUCUUGCGCGAACUGUUGAAUAGCUACAAGGGUAAGCCUGUUUAAAGGCAGUUUAAAUAGGAAAAAUAUGUCUUAAACUGCCCAAAUAUGAGCAAAUACUUGCGCAUACACCCUCCAAAAUAUCGAGUGGGUGCCACCAGCAAACGAGCCGCAACAUUUGGUUGAAUUUGCUGAAUGAAGAAAGUGAAUUUCUAUUUCGGUUGAGUGAAUUCUGACUUCAUAUAACAGAGAUGUUGUAAACAGUCGUGCCAAAGUGGAAGGAAACCUGUCGCGCGGCGCAGGGAGUCUGUGUUGCAUGCUUUCCCGCAGUAGACACUAGCUGCUACCACUGUAGAAAAGACCCCCUUACAUACAUACACAUAUAUAUAUAUAUAUAUAUAUAUUUGUCAUUUGUUGGAGAGAAGACAUUCCUUUUUUAAGCCCCUCACCUCCAUGUUUUUGUACAUAAGUUUGGAGAAGCUGAUUUUAUACAACGACCUGAAUGUGCUUUUACUACCGUAGAACCUUUCUGUGUUUAGCCCCGCCUCCUCCCCCGCCCACUCCGGAUGUAUUGUUUUCUAGAGGAUAUGCAGCCUCCUCUGUCGUCUGGUCUCAGGGCCCGUGAUGCUUCGUGGAUUCAUGGGCUGAAUCUCUUCUGCCGUCCGUGGUCGUGUGCAUGCUUGAGGCCUGAUCCAAGCAUGAGGAAGACCCUGCAUGAUACAGACACCCCGCCCACCCUCCCCAAACAUGGAGCAUGAGGUCACGCUCCGACACCUGUGCCCAUCGUUUGUUUGUCAGUCCCUCACAGGUGCCAAACCGAGUCUUCAUGAUGCGUUCAUGGUCCAUUAGAAUUUUUGUUUUAUUUGUUUAAUAAUUACUUAAAUAUCCAUCGACUGAACCCCAAGUUUACGUGUCCAUUUGGAACUGUAUUUAUGAGAUAUUGUCCAAUAAAAAUAUGAAAAGAAAUUGCUAUGGUGUGGAGGGUUCAAGGCAAGUUAUUUAUUUAUUAUUUUAUUUAAGUGAAGCUUUUCACAUUAUAAUAACUAUAAUAUCAGAGCCAACCACUUCAGGUGCCUUAAAUUAAUUUUAAUAAAUCAAUAGAUUACCAUAUAUUACUCAAUUAAAAUGAGUAUUUACAGAAGAAUUAACAAUUUACUUUGGAAAUUGCUUUUUAAGCAGGUAAAGAUGCAAAAUACAAUUUAAUGAAGAGGCAAUGUCAUCAGAUUUAAAUAAAUCAAAAGAAAUUUAAGGAAAUCUAACAAUAUAUGUGUUAUGCAUAACAUUAAAAGGUGGGAUUUUUAGAGGGGAAAAAAUAAGCUGAACAAAAUACUAAAAAGAAAAGAUGAAUGAUCGAGAUUAGAAAUGUUAUGACACUAAGGAGAAUGUGAUGUUACACGACUCAAAUGUUAAGAGCUAAAACGAAUUCAGUGGUGCGUUCAAGGACCUCAGCAAUUCAGAUUAUUGCACAUAAAACAGGUGUAAUGUUGUUUUCUCUGUUGGAUUUUGGAUCGUUCAAAAUAGAAACUAUAUUACUGUUCAUAAACCCGCAAUGUCAAAUAUUUAAUCUGAUGAGUCACGUUCAUAUUAAACAGCAUACAGUCGCACACAAACCGACGCAGGUAUGUGACUAUGAACCAGAGUCCCUGUUUCUUUUUGCUACUUCACUCUGAACAUGGAGUGGAGUUUUUGAGGGUUGAGAAGUUCAUGAUGACACCUGCUGCCGACGCAUCAAAUUUGAUCUGGCUUUUUUUUUGGAGUGAGAACAGUUGACAUGUCUCACAUUGAGAAUCUGUGAAGAGGGAAGUCAAAUUUAGAGUCGAGCUCAACCGAUUUUUGCAGCAAAACUGGCGACACAGGAGACUCAUGUGCGUGUGUGUCGGUUUGGUGGCCCCUCUCUGUUUCCCUCCUCAUUCUUGUUCCUCGGUUUAUUUCUGUAGAAUGGCAAAUACUGUGUAUAAAUAAAGUAUGAGAAGAGUGUGUUUUCUCUUGUC